GUGGCUCUAAUCAAUCAAGAACAUAAGAAAGACUUCAGUAUACUUGCGAACUGUGAGGAGGAUGAGGAGUUGUGGGUUGAGGCCGAGUCGCCAGAAGGAAAGCCGUACUUCUACCAUUGGCAGACACGUGAAACAGUAUGGGACCGUCCUGAAAAAGCAAAGGUCGUUGGGCAAACUGAACUAGCUGAACUUAUUCAAAAAUCAAGUGAGGAGGAACGAAAGGAACGUGAAGGUGAGGUCUAUUUUCCCACAAAUCAUCGAACCCUGUUAAGCCGAAGCUGCAGUCGAAAUAAUAUUUUAACUUUUAUCUGGUUGACAUCCCUUGACUUUUAA